AUGCGGGCGGCGGCGGGGGUCGUGUCAGUAGCCCUGGUCUUGGCGGCCGCCUGUCUGCGGGGCGCCCUGCUGCAGUCCGCGGGGGCGGCCGGACAAAGGCGUCCCUUCUUCGAGCGGCUCCGGCGCCUGGAAGCCCAGUUCCGACAGUUUCAGGCGGUCACUCUGACGCACUUCCAGGAGACGGGGGAGAACUACAACCUUUCUCUCAACCUCAACACCAAGGUGGACCAACUGCUGCAGAAGCAGGAGAGGCUGCAGCUGGUGGCCAACGGGUCCCGGGCUUCCACCCAGGAGGAGCUGCACCGCUUGCAGACUUGGGUGAAGAAGCUGGAGAGGAAGGGCGAGAAGCAAGCACUGAGGAUCCGAGCUCUGGAAGAGGCCUGGGAGGAGCAGAAGCAGCAGGAGCAGCAGGAGAGCCGCCUGUCCAACCUUACCCAGGAGCUCGAGAGCCACAGGGAGGACUUCAGGGACGUGGCCAUCCGCCAGCAGAGCCUGCAAAAGACCCUGCAGAGCCUGCAGGACCUUCUCCACCGCCAGGGAAGCAAGCUGGGCAGCAUCAAGCGGAAGCUGAAGAGCCUUAAGCAGAAGGAGGCACUGCCCAGUCCUUGGACCGCAGCCCAUCCCUUUGGGUCAGAGGAAGCCUCGCAGGCGGCUGGAGGGCAGAGCCCCACCUUGAAGAAGCUGCGUGCCAAGCAUCACCAGCUGGGGGGCCGCCUGGAGGCCCCGGCCGAGAGGGGCCCCCUUCUGGGCCAGGUGGCUUCCCACCUGCAGGUGGAUCCGGGCCCGGCCUCUUCGCCUCAGACCCCCACAGAAGAGCCCCCUGGCCCGGCCAAAGUCCCUGUGGGGGAGAAGCCUCCGGGAGGGACCCGGAAGCCAGGAACAAGGUGCAACGUGGGCGCCAUGCUGGUCUUCCCCAAUGCCUCCACCCAGAACUUCGCAGCCUUCCAGCCCAGCCUGCAGACCAGCUUGCUGGAGCUGAGCCUCUGCAGCUGGGUGAGGACCAGCGCCCGCUACCUGGGCACCAUCCUGUCUUACGCCACAGAGGAGAACGACAACAAGCUGGUGCUCCAUGGCAGGGAUGCUGCCCCCCGGAACGCCAUCCAUUUCGUGAUUGGAGACCCCACUUUCCGGGAGCUGCCGGUGGGGGCCGUCUUGGAUGGCAGGUGGCACCACGCCUGCGUCAUCUGGUCCUCCCUCCAGGGGCGUUACUGGUUCUACCUGGACCGAAGGCUGGCCUCCCUGGGCACCAACUUCCGGAAGGGCUACGAGAUCCCACCCCACGGGUCGCUCCUCCUCGGCCAGGAUCAGGACGUGCUUGGCGGAGGGUUUGAGUCCUCCGAGUCGUUCGUGGGGCUCCUGGCAGGCUUUGCCAUGUGGGACCGAGCGCUGCUGCCUGGGGAGGUCUCCAGCAUCGCCCUUGGAGAAGGCCUUCCCUGCGGAACAGUGCUCACCUUGGCCAACGUCUCCAUGCUCAGCGGUUCUGUACGGAAGGUGGAUUGCACCUGCCUCGAGCACUGCCUGUGA